GUGUGUUUGUUCUCUCAUACCUCUGCAGUGUGUAAUCUCUCACGCACUUCUCCAGGAUGAUGAAUCAGUUAUCUCAGCAUUGUUCUGAUCCUCUUCUUAUGCCAUAAAGGUCAGGCAUGCAUUUACAGUCUGGGUUUUAAUCCUACACAGAUAUCUUCACACACCGCCACUCUUCUGCUCUGUGUUAUAUAAAUACACUGUACAGGCUAAUAAACUCAUUUUUUAUUCCUUAUGUCUAUUUUUUUAACUGUAAAUGUGGGUGUAGGGUAUGCAUAGUUAGAGUAAAGCUGUUCCUUUAAAAGAAUACUACAUGCUUUUUAUUUUUUCCAAGGUAAAGUGUACGAAUAGUUACCACCCCAGUGAUAAGGAAAGGUACAAUUAAGGCUGACAGUUUACAUACAUCAUCCCAACUCCUAUAUAUUGGACAAUCAGAAGCUUCUAAAAGACUUUCAUUCAUUUCUGGAAUCUUCCAGAGUCUUUAAAGAGAUAAACCUGUAAUUCUGAUCUAGUGAAUUAAAGCUGAAAUUGAAUAUUUUCAUAAAUUUCAACCAAAUGACUGCUGAGGUGAAUACAGUAGGUGCAGAAGCUGAGAAAUCUUACGUGAAAUUUGAUUAAAUAUCUGUAGCCCAGGGAAACUUUUGGUACAGUUUAGUAGCCUCUUGUCAUUCUACCCAUUAGUUUUAUAGCAAUAAUUAUUUCUCUAAAGCAAAUGCAAUGCAAUGUCACAUAGAGUAAAUGUGCUAAUAUAAAUACACUUGUUCAUUUUGUGAUUAAUUAUUAUUAAUUAUUAACAAAUUGUACAUCAAUCAGCCAUGAAAUUAAAACCACCUGCCUAAUGUACUCUGUACAGCUUACACACACACACACACACACACACACACAAACACAAACACUUUGCUUUCACUGCUGAUAAAGUACAUUUAACCGAAACAUCCUGUGCUGUUAUGGGUGAGUGUGUGUGUGUGUGUUUUUGUCUCUGGUGUGUUUUGGAAACCAGGUGAUAUGAAAGGCUUAGUGUGUGACUUAGUGUAAGAGUGUUACCUUUGUGGCUCAUCACAACUGACUGCAUCACGAAGACACACUGCUCAUAAGUGCAAAAGAAUACUGCAGGUCAGUGUGUUCAUUCCUGUGUGCGUGUGUUUGUGUGAGCAUCAUAGUUUAUGCAUUGUAUUGUAUAGGACUGAAUAAUUAUAAAAGCAUUAUGAUUAAGCAAUAGCACACAAUCCAGGGUGCUGUUGUACUGAAUGUCGGCACGAUGAGAUUCAGCAGUAGGCACAAUGUUCAGUACAAUAGAAUGAUUGUGAGUGUGAUGUAGGGUUUAUACAACAGUUCUAUUAACAAGAAAUUGUGUUGUAUUCAUUUGCCGUUAUCGUUCUAGUAAAUAUUAGCACGCUUGGAACGCCGCUUGUUCAAUUAAAUUAGUGGCCUGGAAACAACCGUAGUAUAAUAACCUCGGAAGUCUUUACCAAAGCCAUAAUAAUCCAUCUUACAUAACAACAUAACAAUCUUAGAAAAUAUAGUCCAAAAAAAACCUAUAGGUGAAACCUUUGCUGUAACUGCUGCACAAUGGUUUCAAUUCUUGAUCACAUCUAAAAGCUGUUGGAGCAAAUUGCCUUUCAAAUAAAUUAUGAGAUUAAUCUACAGAUUCUACAGAACCUGUAACAACUUUCAUUAAUAAUGAAAAUUCAAUGAAACACUGGAUCCAAUAUUACUGGCGCUCUUAAGAGUUUGUGAAGCUUGUGCUUUCUGUAAAGUCUAUCGAGCUUGGCAGCAGAAGGAUCUAAGGAUUUAAGCUCCUUUAUAUUCUUUAGACUGUUCAGUCCACCGGUUUUCAGUUAAGGUUCAAAUCCAUUAUAUUAUAGCGCAGGGAAUCUGGACAUGACUAUAAAGGAGUCGGAAGUGUAGAGGAGACUGAGAGCAUGUAGAAAAUACAUUUUUCAAGACUGAGUCUGUGUUCAAUGUGCAUCUUGUUUUAAAUAUCUAAACAAUCAAAUGUAAAAUAAAAUGAAAAAUUCCAUCAAAGUUCAGUAAUAUACUUUUAGUUACUUGAUUGCGUGUGGGUGGGUGUGUGUGUGUUUUGUCUAUUGGCAAAAGAAUGGGCAGUCUGGAUGAUGUUCCCUUUAAGGUUCCACUGGGUUCUCUAGAUGAGCCUCUGGGCAUGAUUGAGCCGGUCACUGACCAAGAAAUCAUCAUCCCAGACUACCACCAAAAACUGCAUGACCUGCAGUAUGACUUCUGUCUGGAGAACUGGGUUCUGAAUGGGUUCCGUGCUCGUACUAGUAAGCGUGUUUUUGUUCCUGAGUGUGGUGCCGUGACUCCAUCCUGCCCUCCGUACUGGCUCCUGUUUAGCAGCCCUCAGGAGAGGCGCUCUGUACACCUCUGCAGAAAGGGAUUGUGUGAUAAAGGACAUCGACAACGCAGCCAGAGCUUGAAUUCAGCAGACCUGCAGAGACGCCACCUUCCUCGUACCCAAUUCCUCAUCGACAACUCUGCUCACGAGGCUGCUGGCUACAGCGAGGAUGACGAGGGCUCCUCCACUGAGGAAGACAGACGUUUUCGAUCUCAGAGCAGAGAAAGAGCUAAAUUUUCUCUGCUUCAAGAGUCUCAGAGGUCCGUGUCACCCCGAGCACCGAUUCACACCCACAAGAACUCCAGCAGUUUUCUGAAGGAGAUGAGCAGCCCACCUAGCCUGAGGUCCUCACGACCUCACAAAAAACACAGCUCUGGGGGCUCCAGCGGAAAACGAAACAUCAGCACUCACAAAUCACACGUCACACACACCAAGCUCCAACCCAGACCCUCCUCAGCAGGGCCACAGCCUUCUGCACAUCAACACAAGUCUUCACUGCAGGCUGCUCGUCCUCGUACUUCUCAUGGAGAUCGCCACUCGGUUCCAGACUCAUCUGUGGAGCUGCUGUAUGCUCUGAGCCAGGAAGAGAGAGAACUGGUUGAUAGCAUCACUGCUCAUGGAUACACACUCCGCUCUGCCAUCCUGGCUCUGCAGCGCACUGGUACACGCAACGCAGAGCAGAUUCUGAAUUAUCUGUUGGCGCGUGAUCGUCUGUGUGCACUGGGGUAUGAGAAGACUCAGGUGGAGGAUGCUCUGGAGAUGUUUCAGAACUGUGAGAGCAAGGCUACAGAGUUCCUGCGAUUGCUGGCUCAGUUCUGUGAAAUGGGCUUCCAGCAGAGCACCAUUAAAGAGGUUCUGCUCUUACAUGACAACCACCGGGAGAGAGCACUGGAGGAACUCGUCACGCAUGUCACCUGAACGUUCUGCACACAUGGAAAGAUUUCUCAGCAGAUUCAAUAUGUAAAUAUGUAUUAUUAUAUGCAUAUGUGUUAUACAUUAUUAUACUCAAUACAUAUUAUACACAUUCAGUAGGUAAUCGCACUGUAUUAAUGUGCUGUGGCUGUGUUGACUGUGUUUUACAGUGUGACUAGUUGCUUAGAAAUAACUGAUGAUGAGAAGAUUAUAAUCAAGCGUAAUCAGCCGUGAUUAAUUAUUAAUGCAGUCUUGUGUGACUUGCUGUAAAGGACAGGUUCUGUGCACCCAAUAGACUGCUUCCUGUAAGAUUUCUGUGACAGAAUUUAACACUAUUUGUAGUAUUUUGAUUUCCCAUGAAGUUCCUUCAAGUAAUAUAUUUCAGGUACACUCCUUUUGAAAGCUGUUUAGGAACAUCAGCUUAAAAUCUGCUAAUUCUACUGGAUCUUGUUAGAAGGUUACAUGCAUACAGUCAGGGGAAAUCAUUUACAAAUUAAAUAAAUAAAUAAAGUGUUAAUAAAGUUUUUUGUCAUUUAAUAUACUGCCAGUACAUACAGUAUAUCCACUUCAACAUUACACACAUACACUAUAUUGCCAAAAGUAUUCGCUCACCCAUCCAAAUAAUCAGAAUCAGGUGUUCCAAUCACUUCCAUGGCCACAGGUGUAUAAAAUCAAGCACCUAGGCAUGCAGACUGUUUUUACAAACAUUUGUGAAAGAAUGGGUCGCUCUCAGGAGCUCAGUGAAUUCCAGCGUGGAACUGUGAUAGGAUGUCACCUGUGCAACAAAUCCAGUCGUGAAAUUUCCUCGCUCCUAAAUAUUCCACAGUCAACUGUCAGCUGUAUUGUAAGAACGUGGAAGUGUUUGGGAACGACAGCAACUCCACGUAAGCAAAAGCCACGUAAACUGACGGAGCGGGGUCAGCGGAUGCUGAGGCGCAUAGUGCGAAGAGGUCACCAACUUUCUGCAGAGUCAAUCGCUACAGACCUCCAAACUUCAUGUGGCCUUCAGAUUAGCUCAAGAACAGUGCGCAGAGAGCUUCAUGGAAUGGGUUUCCAUGGCCGAGCAGCUGCAUCCAAGCCAUACAUCACCAAGUGUAAUGCAAAGCGUCGGAUGCAGUGGUGUAAAGCACGCCGCCACUGGACUCUAGAGCAGUGGAGACGCGUUCUCUGGAGUGACGAAUCACGCUUCUCCAUCUGGCAAUCUGAUGGACAAGUCUGGGUUUGGCGGUUGCCAGGAGAACGGUACUUGUCUGACUGCAUUGUGCCAAGUGUAAAGUUUGGUGGAGGGGGGAUUAUGGUGUGGGGUUGUUUUUCAGGAGCUGGGCUUGGCCCCUUAUAACAGUGAAAGGAACUCUGAAUGCUUCAGCAUACCAAGACAUUUUGGACAAUUCCAUGCUCCCAACUUUGUGGGAACAGUUUGGAGCUGGCCCCUUCCUCUUCCAACAUGACUGUGCACCAGUGACCAAAGCAAGGUCCAUAAAGACAUGGAUGACAGAGUCUGGUGUGGAUGAACUUGACUGGCCUGCACAGAGUCCUGACCUCAACCCGAACACCUUUGGGAUGAAUUAGAGCAGAGACUGAGAGCCAGGCCUUCUCGUCCAACAUCAGUGUGUGACCUCACAAAUGCGCUUCUGGAAGAAUGGUCAAAUAUUCCCAUAAACACACUCCUAAACCUUGUGGACAGCCUUCCCAGAAGAGUUGAAGCUGUUAUAGCUGCAAAGGGUGGACCGAUGUCAUAUUGAACCCUAUGGAUUAGGAAUGGGAUGUCACUUACCUUCAUAUGCGAGUCAAGGCAGGUGAGCGAAUACUUUUGGCAAUAUAGUGUAUAUUACAUAUAUACAUGUUUUUUUUGUUUGUUGUUGUUGUUAUUUUUUAACCUAAAAUUAGAGCAAGUUUUGCUUUAAGUAUUGUUUACUGUAUUUAAUGUAAUUCUGUAUUCACGCUUUAUUAAAGAUUUAUAUUAAAAUUAUCUUCUUGGUUUAUUCUACACCAUAUAGCAGAGCUUAGCUAAACUAAAUUGGGAUUUUGUUUUGUCUUGUUUUGUUUUAAUUUGUAUUUUGUUUGUGGUGAAAUAAUUUAUCUAUCUAUCUGUCUGUCUGUCUGUCUGUCUGUCUG